AGGAUAACGAUUUCAAACCAGUAGCAAAUCUGAAAUUGAAAACUCUCAUAAUGAAUUAUUGCAACAUUGAGAGAAUAUCAAAAUUUUCUCUGCAAGCUCUCAGAAGUCUUGUGAAUCUUGACCUAUCUUAUAACAGGAUAACAGGAGAUGUGCUUUUUUUUGCCACUCGGUAUUUAGGUAAAUCGGAUAUCAAAAUUCUAAAUGGGUCUGGGAAUUAUUUUAAUGGAUCGAGUGAUCAAUUUUCUGGAUUUGGAAGUGAAUGGUUCUUACAAUUAAGAGAAUUAUAUUUAUCCAGAACAAAUAUUCAAGUAUUUAAUUUUUCAUCACUUUCCACGCUAAAGAAAUUAAAGAAUUUGGAUCUAAGCAUCAACAAAAUAACUCAGUUACAUGUAUCUAAGAAAACGGUGUUUCCAAAGUUACGUUAUUUAAAUCUGGAAAGAAAUAGAAUUUUAGAUACAAGUUUCUUCCAGAAUGGAGGGCACUGUCUGCAGAAACUUACACAUUUAGACCUGUCACGUAACCCAUUACUUACAAUAUUGUCUCGUUCAUUUGUAAAACUAACGAGCUUGAGUGUUUUGAUUAUGGAACACCUCCAGGUCAAGCCAACUGUAGAAACAAGAGCUUUGGAAUCGAAAAGUCUCCUUAAACUUUCUGUUGACAGUUUCUCAGUCUUCGAGGAUACAUUGUUUCAAAAUUGUCCACUACUGCAGGAACUCCAGAUCAAAAGGAUGACUUUAUUCAACACUAAUUUAACAAAGAUGUUGUCACCCUUAAAAUGUUUGAAAUCUUUAUUAAUUAGGGGGACCGGCAUCAGUUAUAUUUCAUCUUUAAAAGAUUUGUCUGAGCUCCAAACACUUGAUUGUACAUUCAAUCUUAUCCAGAAUCUUCGAAAAAAUGACUUAGAAAAUCUAUGGAACUUGACAAGAAUAUUCUUUGGUUGGAAUUCCAUAACUACCGUUUCUAAAUCCUCUUUUCCUGAUUUUAUCUGGAAAAAGAAAAACCUUCUUUUAGAUUUAUCAGUAAACCCCUUUCACUGUGACUGCGAACUUGAAUGGUUUUCCGAAUGGCUUAGAAACAACAGUCAUAAAGUGGUUCAUUACCCAUAUCGAUAUCUGUGCAAAACACCGUUAAAGUGGCAGAAUCAAUCUCUAUCCAAAGUUGACUUUCGUAUUUGUCAUCAGUGGAAUCAAAAUAUGAUUUCUUCAUUUAUAUUUUGUGGAAUUCUCUCUACGCUUUCUUUUACAUUUGUCCUUGCAUGGCGGCUCCGAUGGGACAUAAAGUACUAUAUUCACACAUGCAGACAUAGGAAACCCAAAAGUUAUAUAAGACACCCAGCCGAUGCGUAUCAGUAUGAUGGUUUUGUUGCCUACAAUACACAUGACAGGAAAUGGAUCAUGUCGGAGCUUGUCGAAAAUUUAGAAAGUAGAAGACAGUACAAACUUUGUCUUCAUGAAAGGGAUAUAAUUCCCGGAGGAAUCUUUGUUGACGAAAUUCUUGAUAACAUUGAAGUCAGUAGGAAAUUUAUUCUUGUAUUAUCCCCGAAUUUCAUGAGCGAUCAGUGGUGCCAAUACGAAGCAACCCUCGCAAAUCAUGCCGUCGCUGACGGUAGAGUUGGAGAAGUAAUUCUUAUCGUUCUAGGAAAGCUCGAAUCUCAGCAUUUGACAAAUUCCAUGAAAGUUCUCCUGAAAUCUAUCUGCAGUAUAGAAUGGACAGAAAAUAAAAAUGGACAAAAAUUAUUUUGGUCCAGUAUUACACAACUCAUGGAUAGAUAA